AUGCACAGCGUUCCGGGGUUUGGGGGGCCCCCCACAGAACAAGGCGUGCAGCAGCAGUACGCUUGGGGCCCUCCCCCUGGCCCCCCCCCACCAGGGGGGGGGCCCCCCGUUUCCUCUUCUGUGUUCAUAUCUCCUACCGCCUACAACACACCAGCAGGGGAGGGGGCCCCUGCAGAGGCCCCCGUGUGCCUGGGUGGUGCUGAGGGGGCCCAGGGGGAGGCGGGGUGGGUCCCCGGGGCUGCGCAAGCAGGAGGGGGCCCCCCCACCCCUGUGGCUGCAUGCUUACCCUGCAUACCCUUUAGAGAGGAGGCCCCUCUGCGGGGCCCCCCGUCUUCUUGGGUAUUCGAUGGCGGCUUUCAGGGGCCCCUGGGUACGCCAGCAGCAGCCGCACCAGAGGGGCCCCCCCCGGGGGGCCCCCCCGCAAGCCACCAAGUAGUGCAGGCACCGCUGGACUCCUCAUACUACAAAGAAGGAGCAGUGUGCAUGCAGGGGCCCCCCUCUCCUCUAAUACCACCAGGGGAGGGGUGGGGGGCCCCCCCCAACCCCUCUGCGUUUGCGGUGUGUACGGCUCGGGGUUUGGGGCCCCCGCCAAUGGGGGUGAGUACAUCCGUCUUAGAGCCAGAGCACAGCAGCAGCAGCAGCAGCAGCAGCAGCAGCAGCAGUUUGUAUAUUACAGCAGCAGAAGGUCCAUCGGCAACAGCAGCAACAGCAGCAACAGCAGCAGCAGCAGCAGCAGGAGCAGCAGGAGCUGAGCGUAUGCGUCGCUCUGUUCCUAUGCUGAGCUGCAACCAGCUAGGGUUUGCUUCUGGCUUAGUAAACAAAUACCCGUGUGAGAGUUUGUUUCCUGGGCGUAUCCGUAUACUGAAGAUAGUAAGGGGUGAGGGUGUAGUGUAUGAGGGUGGUGGUGGUGGUGGUGGGGUUGGUGGUGUUGGGGGUGGUGUUCGUGGUGGGGUUGUUCACUAUGUUAUUGCUGCUGCACCUGGUGCUGCUGCUGCAGCAGACCCAACCAGAAACCUAUCCGGCUGCUGCUCCAUUGCUGAUGCGAGACGCUUCUGCCCCGGGGCCCUUUGUGAUUACUUGUUAAGGAAAGCUCUAUUUAGGAAUGGAGACAAACAAAUACACACACAAACACUAAACAAAUUCAGCUGCAGCAGCACUAGCAGCAGCAGCAGCAGCAGCAGCAGCAGCAGUAGCAGCAGCAGCAGCAGCAGCAGCAGCAGUGGUAGCAGUAGGGGGCCCCCUCAACAAGAACAACAGCAACAGCAUCAGCAGCAACAGCAUACCUCUUUGGGGGCCCCCACUACUGAAUACACACACAAAAAUUAUUCUGCUGCAAGCAGCAAAGAACACAUCGAUGGCAGCGGCAGCAGCAGCAGCAGCAAUACGAACGUAUGCAGCAGCAACUGCAGCAGCAACUGCAGCAGCAACUGCAGCAGCAACUGCAGCAGCAACGACAGCAGCAAUUGCAGCACCCAAUGUAGUAGUAUUAACUGCAGCAGCAACUUCAGCCCCCACAGCAGCAGCAACUGCAGCAGCAGUAGCAGCCCCCAUUGGAGCAGCAACUACAGCAGCAGCUGCAGCACCCAAAGCAGCAGCAACUGCAGCAGCAACAGCAGCACCCACAGCAGCAGCAACUGCAGCAGCAACCGCAACGGCUUCAGAGAAGACGCUGCUGCUGCCCCCAUGCAGCAUAUAGUUGAGUUCAACACAACCUAG